UUCGAGGGAGGCAAACGAAACGGAAAAGAGAGAGAAGAAACAAAAUUACGUUAUACAGAGCUCUAAAAAUGAGCAGUUUCUCGUUCAAGAGUUUCUCGUGGAGGAAAUCGAAAUCGUCGAAAUCGGAUUCCGGCCAUUCCUUAUCGCCGGAGGAGAGGUUUCUGACGGAGAAUAUGGGAACUCUGAGAGUGCCGGAGAUCGUUCCUUCUCCCGCCGAGGACUGUGAUAGGCUGAAGAAAGCUUUCGAUGGAUGGGGAACGGACGAGAAGGUAUUGAUAAGGAUAUUAGGACAGAGAAAUGCAGCCCAAAGGAAGAGCAUUAGGGAGACUUAUCAUGAACUAUACAAGGAGUCGCUCAUCGAUCGCAUCAACUCAGAACUCUCUGGUGAUUUUAGAAAAGCGGCGAUUUUGUGGGCGUAUGAUCCUACAGAGAGGGAUGCGAGAUUGGCAAAUGAAGCUUUGAGGUCACAUAGGAAAGGCAUCCAUGAGCUUCAAGUAAUUGUUGAGAUAGCCUGUGCCACAUCUCCUAACCAUCUGAUCGCAGUAAGGCAGGCCUACUGUUCUCUCUUUGAUUGCUCACUUGAAGAAGACAUUUUCUCCACCAUCUCCAUGCCCCUUAGAAAGCUUCUAGUUGGCCUGGUGAGUUCCUUCAGGCAUGAUAAAGAAGUGGUGGACAAUGUUGUUGCCGAUUCAGAAGCGGAUUUAUUACACAAUGCUAUCAAAGCGAAGCAAUUAAACCGAAGUGGCGUUGUUUGGAUACUCAGCACAAGGAAUUUCUUUCAGCUUAGAGCAACCUUUGCAUGCUAUAAGCAAAAGUAUGGAAAUCCUAUUGACCAGGACAUUAUGAAAUGUGGAAGCAGUGAUUUAGAAUCUCUCUUCAAAGUGGCGAUCUGGUGCAUUGAAACUCCUGAGAAACACUUUGCAAAGGUAAUCAACAAGGCCAUCGUCGGGCUCGGAACCGACGAAGAUUCCCUAACCAGAGCGAUAAUAGGUCGAGCUGAGAUAGACGCCAUGAAAGUUAGGGAGGAGUAUUCGAACAUGUUCAAAAGCAACCUCGACAAGGAUGUUAUCGGCGACACGUCUGGGGACUACAAGGACAUGUUGAUGAUCUUGCUUGGAGCUAAAGUUUGAUUCUUGCCAAUCUCUCUUUGCUUCUUGCAUUUGUCUUCCUCACUGCAAAUUCCAUGUUUGGUUUUGGGUUAUUUGGCUGUCGGGUGUUGAUUGUAGGCCUUUGAAUGAAUAACUUGUUCAUUAUUGUAUUGUAUAUAUGUUUGAAAGAUUGACUUUUUUACCCCUAUUGAUCAAGAAAUAAAAAAUAAUAAAAAAAUUUACCAAAAAAAAA